AUGGCACUCGUCCAGUACUCCGAUUCAGACUCAGAACAUGAACUCGACGACGAAAGAGUGAAAAUUGAUUUAUCCACCAGGAAGAAACUGCGGGGAAACAGUACGAGUAUGACUCCGGCAGAUUCGAGAUCUUCUCUCCCGCCUCUCCCCACUGGAUUCCACGACCUUUACGCUUCGAGCACCCGGGUGAGUGUCCGAGAUGACCCUAGCUUACACGGUGGCCGGAAACGGGUGAUUCCUCAUGUAGAGGGAAACUGGCCUACGCAUAUUUAUCUUGAAUGGAGUCCACGUCGAGAAGAAAUGGAAGUUUUGAGUGACGUUGUGCAACGAUGUAAAACGAAACUCGCAGAUGAUGACUCACAUAUUCAUAGUCUUCUCCAUAGUGAUCUUGGGGUCCAGCUACCAUUGCAUAUUUCUCUUUCACGACCUGUGGUGCUAGCUACGGAGCAGAAACAUGCAUUCGCAGAAUUAUUCGAAAACUCUAUUCAAGAGUCUCCUAUUAAGCCGUUCACUGUCAUACCUGAAACACUGGACUGGGUAUCAAAUUCAGAAAAGACACGCUGGUUCUUAGUCAUGAGAAUAAGAAAACCCCCCAAUGACGAGCUGAACGCCUUACUUCGAAUAUCGAACCAAACAUUAGCCAAAUUCAACCAGCCAUCUCUGUAUGAAUCUCAAACCAGCAUCACUCGAAGUUCGAAAAAGAGAGGCUCUAAUAAAAAUCUCUCGUUGGCUGGAAAGUAUUCCAAUGAUGAUGUUACGAGUCAAGAUUUAUCGGACCGCUUUCAUAUUUCACUAGCGUGGUGUUUGGAUGAGCCUAGUUUAGAGAUUCAAGAAAAGACUUCAGGUAUUGAUGUCAAACCACUGCAGUCUUUGAAGAUAAUAUUCAAUAGCGUCAAAGCCAAAAUCGGCAAUGUGGUGAAAAGUUUCAAUUUAUAA